AUGGACAUCUUCAAUCGGCCUCCAAGCAUCUCAGACGAUGCUCUUCAAUAUGCACUCUACCUAACGCAUGAGCAAUCCAACAAGGCUGCUGUGGCUUCCCUCGCUGCUUGUGUCUCCGACUAUGUUGACCAACUCCUACCCAACUUUCUCUGGCAUCGAGAUGCAUUCGAGCUCAAGGUCGUCCCGCGCGAUGACGAGCCUCAAGAUUACUAUUUAGAAGGGACAAUGCGUGUUGGCGACUGCGUAGAUGACGAAUGGUGCACAGUCUGGCUGCUGAAGCAGAUCAGUGCGAAAUGGGAUGUAGCAAUCAGCGUGAUUGAUUCAGAUGGAGAGUUUCUUCUCAUAGAAGCUGCAGACGCGCUACCAGACUGGGUCACUCCUUCUAACGCGACGAACAGGGUUUGGAUCUACCAAUCUAACCUGCAUCUCAUUCCGCUUUCCCAUAUCUCUCCUCCCUCGACCAAACGCCAACGUAGGAAACUCCCCGGGAAGUCAGACAGUGACGACGAAGGAGCUAAUGAGGACGAUGAAGACUUCAUCUCGGUGGCAGAUGCUCUACUCGUGAUCAGAAGUGACUCUAGCAACACACUCGCCUCUUCCGAUGUGCAAAGCGCGCUUCUCAAGAGAAUAAGCGGAUACCCUGCCGCGCUCAAAAACCAUACUCAUGCUACCAAAGUUUACGUUCCCACUGACAUUGCUCGAGCUCUUACGAUUGAUCCAACCCUCAUUCAAAAACCAAUCGAGACCUUCUACACCCGCGAUGCCAUCCAACUUCGAGCAGCUCACCGGAUGUCUCGCUUUCCACCGGAGCCUGAAGUUCUGGCUGUUGUCAAGUUGACACGCACGGCUUACGCCCAACUGGUGGGCCAGAAAUUCUUUCCCCCCAAAGUGUUUGGCCAGUGGAAAGAAAGGGAAGGUUCAGCUGAGUUGCGAUGGCGCGAUGUCGGAAUGAAGAUAGCUGUUGGAUUCGAAAUGCUUUUUCAAGAGAGCAAAGCCCGAGUUAACCCUGCAACUCUGGCCUCAGAUAACUCACAAGAAUCUAUUGACGCCAGAUUAGAAGCGUUGCGGAGGAAUCCACAAUAUCUCUCUUACCUUCAAAAUUUAGUGGCUGCUAACUACUUCCGUGGGGAGUUGGAAGGGUCUCAGUUAUGGAAGAAACUCGAAGAGAAUGCGGCUGCAGUGUUCCUGAAAACAUUCCGCGAGGACGAUUCUUCUCGUCCUUCAUUCGCUGUCCGCGUUACCGAAGCUAUCUCACGGGCAACUGCUCCCAUCCCAACAACACUUCAGGUGGACGAAGACAGCGACGACUGGUUGAAUAUCGAUGCAAAUGACUUCGAAAAUAUGCUGGAAAGGACAAUGGGUACCAAUUCGAGCAACGCCAUGGAUGUCGAUCCAGAGGAUCAACUAGCUUCAGAUCAAGCUUCCAGGUUAAAGAAUCUUGCAAACAAAGUGGAAGCCUUCGUUGAUGGCAAGGGAGAUCUAAAUGGCGCGUUAUUUGACGACGAAGAAAAGACGGAUGACGAGGAAGAGCUGAGUGAUGGGAUGGGGUCAGAUUCUGAAAGUAGCGCUGACGAAGGAGACCCCGCACAACGCCAGGCAGCAAUGGACCGACUGGUACCUGGCCUACAACCAUCAGAAUAUGGCCAGAUGCCGGCUUCGUUCCACAAAAAUUCACAAAAGGUUGCCCGACCUGCAGACCCGCCUGUUGAAGAAGAAGAACCGGCAAGCAAACCCGCACCAAAAGAGCCCUUUACAAAGCCUCUCCGUGACCCCAUAAUCCCUCGCGACAAAUACGAUGGUGUCGAUUCAGAUGAUGAAACUGAUUCUGACGACGAUGUAGACUCUGAGUUGGAAGAGGACCAGCCUCAGGUCGUUGGGGAUAUUGAGAUCGACAUGGGAGAAGAAGAAGACGAGUUUUUGGAAUUUUCUCGGCAAGCUCUGGGCAUAAGUGACGACCAAUGGGGUGAUAUUCUUAGAGACCGCAAGAGUCGUGGAGCAUUCAUACCUGCGGGCAUGGCCGUCCCGACUAAAACCUCGAAUUCUCACAAAUCCACUGCAACCGCAACAUCAACGGCUCCGCAAAAUCGUCCCCCAGAACCGGGGCCGCGACCUAAUGUCAAUCCGAAUUUGGAUUCCUUUGAGGCAGUCAUGAAAGCGAUGGAUCAAGAGCUUUCUCGUUCGCGCACAAGCAAAAGCAAACCGGCGUCAGGUGACAAGGGGAAAGGCCGAGCUGCUACUGUAGAGGAAGCUGAGGAUGAAGACGAGGAUAUUGACCUGGCAAUGGACAGAGAACUGCGGGCGGCGUUGGAGGGAGGUCAAGGAAGUGAUGACGAAGGGGAAGAGCCGAUGGACUAUAAUCUGAUCAAAAACUUUUUGGAAAGCUUCAAAAGCCAAGCGGGUCUUGCUGGGCCGGUUAGUACGCUCGCUGGACGUCUGGAUCCUGGCUGGCAGCUUCCUCGAGACGGUUAG